GAUGCCUCCUGCUUGCCGAUCCAAUCACAUCACGCACACGCUUCCGGCGAAUCCAGCACGGAACAAAUUGCCCCUCACCCACCUUGACUCGCCGCCGCCGUCGCAAACCACCCACCCGAUCCCCAAAUCGCCCCCCACCCGCCUUGACUCGCCGCCGCGGUCGUAAAUCCCGCACCCGAUCCUCAAAUUCUCCGGUGGUGAUGGCAGCCAGCCUGUGGCGCGCCGUGAUGGACAGCGUCAGCGGCUCCUCCUCCUCCCCCUCGGCGCUGGACGCGCCUCCGGGCGGCGGCGUCGAGUUCUGGCACGGUGCGGAGCGCGCGGGUUGGCUAAACAAGCAAGGCGAGUACAUCAAGACGUGGAGGCGGCGGUGGUUCGUGCUCAAGCAGGGGAGGCUCUUCUGGUUCAAGGACCCUGUGGUGACGCGGGCCUCGGUGCCCCGCGGCGUCAUCCCCGUCGCCUCCUGCCUCACAGUCAAGGGCGCCGAGGACGUGCUCAACCGCCAGUUCGCCUUCGAGCUCUCCACGCCUGCCGAGACCAUGUACUUCAUCGCGGACUCCGAGAAGGAGAAGGAGGAGUGGAUUAACUCCAUCGGUCGCUCCAUCGUCCAGCACUCCCGGUCCGUCACCGACGCAGAGGUCGUCGACUACGACAGCCGCCCCCAGCCCCCGCCGCAGCCUAAGGCUAGCGAAGAGAGUGAACCAGCAGCUUAAUGGGGAGGUGAUUCCUGCCAACUCUCUCGAUAUGGCUCUGAAUUUUAGCAUAUGUACUUCCAAUUCCAAGUGAUUGUGGGCUUGUGCCGACUUUCCUUUGUUUCUUCACUCCUGAAACAAAUGUAGUAUAUUAACUAUCAACGAUAUGGUCUGGUAUGUUAAUAAACUGUACUUUUGUGUAUAUUUUUUUUAUGUUUAUA